AUGACUUGCUCUCAUAGUGAUGAAGCUGAUGCGGAGAUCCCGUCUAUAUCAUCAAGGUCCAGAGAAGUUGUUGAUUUGCGGUCGUCGUUACCCACGAGAGUCAGACGCGCGUGUGAGAGAUGCCGGCAACAUAAGUCUCGGGUAGGGCCACCCCGUGCCGACUUACUCCAGACUACCAAAGCUUUACUGUGCGCGGUCAACAUCACCUGUGUGCUAAACAAUGCGACUUUUUAUAGUGUGAUCCGUUUCGGCCCUGCUCGUUAUGUGUCCGCGCCAACGUCCCUUGUCGACCGCUUUCGACAAGCCAACCAGGACAGGCGCAUGAAAUCCAAACAAGUUUCGAGAGGUCGUCGAAAACAAACCGGUUUUCCAUUAGAGAAUUCCGACGAACAGUCGCAGGAUGCAGCUCGUAGCUCUGGCAGGAAUGCACCCACUCCAGCCCGGACUCAAUCACCAGAAAUACCUUCAACGAGAGACCAAUUUGAAGAGUCCUCGAGAACAGAUGGUAUGACACCAUCUCUCGCCUGCGGCGAAGCCGAAUCUGCAAUUGGAAUAGCUAGAAGGCUCUGCGAACUUGGCAGUCACCACAUCGAUGAGCAGACCACCUUUGCCAUUCCCGGUUGUCAGACUACUGGCCCUAGUGGGAAUCUCUUCAACUCGGCACCAACCGGUCAGCGAGUAUCCAUAACCGUGAUUUUGGGCCAAACGUUUCCACCCAUGGGUCUCGUGUACAACCUAGUAGAGGAAUAUUUCCAUUCCGUCCAUUGGUUCUCACUCGCCAUAUUUGAGCCGAAGUUCCGCAGCAAACUCCAUUCCAUCAAAGAUGGAUGUGCAUAUCCCUCACAAAGACCCUUUCUCUUGCUGUUAGCCGUGAUGCUCGGAAUGGCGGCGUGGUAUCGUUCUCGAAGGAGUGACACUGACCUGACAGACGAUGAAGAAGACUGGGAGAGAUGGAGUGCGGACAUGAUGAAACUCGUGGAGUCAAAUGUGGUGGAAUUGAUGGAUCAACCUUCAGUUACGGCGACCCAGACAUGUAUCCUUCUGGGAUCCCAUCACGUCUAUCAUGGUCGUCCAAACCUUUCCUUUUCUUUACUGGGAGCAACAAUCAAAAUGGCCCAGUCUAUAGGAUUACAACGACAAUGCCUGCGAGGGAAUCCUGAAGACAUCGAGGAGCGGAAAAGAGUCUGGUGGACCAUAUAUACAUGGGACAGGUUCGCUUCCAUCACCUACGGCCGGCCAUUGGGCAUCAACGACAAGGACUGCAAUCUUCAGAUGCCAUCGGAUGUUUUGGAGAACCCGAGCUUUGCUAGCUCUGGCUUCCCCCAGGAUGAGGCAAUAUGCUAUUCCACCUAUCAACGCGAAUUGAACCGUCUAUACUGGAUUGCCUCGCCAGCCCUCGAGGCUAUUUUCGGUUCUCGCACGUUCGGGACUUCGGAACAGCUGGCUGGCGACUCAUACUUCGCAUUGGUCAAACAUGCCACUAAGAAACUGGAGCAAUGGCGAUCUUGCCUACCCAGUCACUUGAGUUUAGAUCUCGAGAAAGACGUGUUGCCUGAUGGGCCAGCAAGCUCGAGAGCAUAUGCAUUACAAUCUCUGUCGUUGCAACUAACAUAUGACAAUAUCUUGAUUGUCCUGCAUCGACCCUUGCUAGCGCGACAGGUGCAUAAUUUAUCUAAUAUGGGCAAGCGGUCUCCAGAUCAGUCAGUUCAUUCAGCGACAGCCACCCAUUCCGCCCAUCACUCUGGCUCAAAUUUUGAUCCGGCAUUUUCCGAGACGAGAGUGACUAGUCCGGAACUUUGGGUGGAUGCAGCGGUGAGGACGUCAAAAAUAACAGAGCUGCCGGUACUUGUUCGACUCGCCACGGAAAGUCAUUUGGUCGCCUUUCUCGCUAUCAAUCUAUUUCAUGCGGCAAUCGUGCUUGCUGUGCUCGCCCUUUCACAGCCUCUUUCAGACACGGCGCAAGAUGUUAAACGCACAAUCACCCGCAUAUUCCGUGUUCAAGACCUGAUCGGGAAGCGGUCUGCAUUAUCGAAACAGAGCACUCUCAUCCUCAAAAACGUUGUCGCUUUGCUCCUUCGGCGAGAGUCAGAAGCCAUGCUUGCACCCUUCACUGGAACGACCGAAUCAACAAGCCACCAGGCUCUCCGCAACGGACCUGAUUCAUUUCCGUUCUCUGUAGAAGAUGCGCUCCGGUUACCGGCUGAUGCGACGCUGAACUCGCGUCAAUCUCUUGCCAUGAACGAUGAAUUAUAUGAUGUUAACCCGCUGCACCGCUUGAACGAGAGUUUAGCAUCGGUUCAACAUGGUGAGGCCCUUCUUGCAUUUUGGUGA